UUUCCUCGGGCUUUCUCGAUCUAUUCUGAAUACCACCGUCUGGACAGGUCUUUCGUCCUCUUCACUCUACCUUUCUUCUACCUUUCGAACACCUUCUCUAUCCUUCCGGAAAUCUCCUCGUUGCUAUCAUCCAUUUAGUUCGUAUAUUACUCGCUUGCUUACGGCUUGGUAGGUCAUCUUUAUCUAAGCCCGAUGAAUCCAUCUCUUAGUGCCCCGCGGCACGCAUCUUCGAAUCCGCUCAACUUCAGAUGUGUGCACGAUUCUAUCGGAAGAAGCAUUUGCUCGGAUUCAAACUCCGCGGGUUGUAUGUACGCUGAGUACCCUCGUACCGCAAUUUCCGAUCAGUCUAGUAUGGCUGUAUCUCAACUCACAGACACGGGCUCGGUUGCUUCACGAUGUUCUGUCAGGCUUAUACAUGAGGUUGUGUCCACAUUCGGAUCUCAGAAAAAAGAGCUGGUUCGGGCCGUUGGUUUCCAGGGUCUGCUGUAUUUUCCGUCACUCAAGCAGAUCAAUCUACGGUUUUCGGCGUGGCUGAUGUCCCGUGUUGACGAAUCAUCUCAGACCAUUCUCAUUGGUGAUGGAACAUGCAUACAUUUUGACAAGGACGAUAUUGCAAAGGUUUUUGGAAUUCCAGUAGGUGGCAUGAGUAUAGUUAGGACAGGUUCUAAGAGAUCUGUCAGCGAUGGAACUUCGCCCGAAUCUUCAGGCCAUAUCAAUCUAAGUCAACUUCGCAGUAUAAAGGCCGCCCAAGCUAUUCUUCUCCGCGAAUGUGAUGGGUUGAUGAGCUUAUCUGAGCAGGCUGAGUUCAAGGCUGCCUUUGUCGUGUUUGUCAUGGCUUCAUUGUUUGCUCCUUGUGGCAAGCAUGACCGUGUCUCUGAAGACUACAUGCAUGCUAUUGUUAACCCUGGUAAUAUCAAAUCUUAUGAUUGGGCCGAUUUUGUGCUGCGACGACUCCUAUCUGCUGUAUCGAAGCUGAAGGCAGAUUUAUCUAGCAAUGUCAAAACUCCUUAUAUUUACGGAUGCUCUUUGUUCUUGCAGGUACUAUACCUUGACAGUGUUGAUUUAGGAUCCUUAUCGAUGGCUCACACUACAUUACCCCGGGUCCGUUGCUUUUCGUAUGAUCGCUUAAGGGCUAUGAUAGCUGCAGAUAGUAGCUUUGUUGGGUCCUUUGUGAACUCCCACGGCACUUCUAUUGCUGCCAAGCUUAGAUCUCCCGAUCUUGUCUGUUAUCACUGGGCCACUUGUAUUCAUGGUAAUGGCCGAAGCUGUAACCAAGACACCAUGCUUGAACUCUGGGAACUUUCAAGCUUGAUGACUCGCGUCAUGAAGAUCCCAAAUGAGGCUGCUGGACCUAUUUUUGUUGCUGUCUCUGAUUUUGAAAGGCAGAUAAGUUCUACACAUUUUCAACAGGAGCUCAGUUCGGCCAGUGGGAGCUUGGCUCUGAAAAUGUUAUCCCUUAUAUUUCAUAUUAUUGAGCCUUACGCCAAUGGUUUCAGAUAUCAGCCAUCUACCAGCGCGGCUUGCCCUCAUGUUGGUUUGUGCCGCUCGUGGCAUUCGGAAUCUGUUCGUUCUCAAGAGGCACCUUUGUUGAACCAAGUGUCGUUGAAGAGGAAGUUUUCAAGCUGUUUUCCUGACGAUAUUUUGACCUCCGGUGGCUACCGAUCCCCGAUCACGCGUGGGCAUGACACGAACCAGUUUGCUCUUACCAAGCAACCUGUAUACAAUGACAUUGACGAAAGUUUAACUGCAUGCAAAGCUAUGGCUCGUUUUUUACUUCGCACGAGAUCAUUUAAAGAAGUUAGGUGCAGUGACCUCAAUGUCCCUCACAUGGAAGAUCAGUAUGUCUCACACGUCUCUCCUCAUUCUCCACGCGUAGCCUGCUCUGUGUCAAGGUCUCCUUGGGAUCUUGGUUGCUCCUAUCUAUUUGACCGUUCGUUUGCACUUGAACUCUCCAAGAAGAUUGCCAUGCUUGAAGACAGCGAUCAGCCCUGGAUUGUUCACUAUUGUCCUAAGUAUAUUGAGGUACGGACCUCUGCUGUUAAGGCGCAGUUCCUUGGCAAAGCUGAGUUCGAAAUGGAGCUCGUUGACGCCGUUCUCCGUCGUUUCAAGCAGUUUGAUGACUGCCUAUAUGUUAAUGAAGGUUCCCUACGUUGGAGGCACUAUGUUGAGUGUGAUUUCAUGGUUUCUUUGCUUGCUGGUUCGUUUGAUGUAUCGGAUACUGCAGUCUCGUCCUUGUUCUGUGGUUCACAUAUUACUUAUGAUGUCACUUCAUGCAAGAUUUUCUUUUUCCCUGCUCUGCUACAGCAUCGGUGGGUAUGCUUUGCUUGGCGCAUAUCAGAUAACACCAUCGUCGUAUAUGACCCAUACUACUCCUCCUCAUGUCGAACGUUCACCACUGCUUAUUAUCAGCGUGUUGCAAACAUUCUCAAAUCUGCUAUGUCAAUGGUUUCGCGGCACAUACUAAAUGGCUGGCGCCACCCAUGGGACGAUGCUCGUCUAGAAAUUUUCUAUCAUGGGCAAAGCCAGAUCACAAGUUGUAAUCGUUCCGGUGUUCUAUGCCUACAUUUCUGUCGGAGUUUUGACGGCACACUGCUUCGUGGUAGCGUUGAUUUGUGCCAGGUUCAGGAUUUAUCUGCACUAUUACUGGCUGAUGUAUCUUCACUGGUUGACAAUCUUGGGUCUGCUCCUUCGACAUUUAGUCAGAUGCUUGCUGUCCCUCCACUUGUGCCGCUGCCUCUCUCCAACUUCGUGGACGCAUAGAUAGCAAUUGCUGCUUGACUGAACCCUUAACAUGUGCUCUUAGACUUGAGUCUGCUAUACACCUUUGCCUUUUUUUUUAUUCUCGGCAGCUUUUUAUUUUUUGUUGUUUUUUAGUCAUCAUUAGCGUUAAGGUUAUUGCAGUUUAGUUUUUUUUUGUAUCUUAGUGUGUCAGGCCGUUUUGUAUGCAUGACAAACCCUACCGGCUACACUUGAUUUACAACUCUGGAAUACUACGUUGAUUUCAAGAAUAAUACAAUACUUUAAACUGCCGGAUAA